AUGAGCUCAGAUUAUACCACAAUCUGGACUUAUGAUAACACGCAAGGGGAGCAUACUUUGGACGCCAAAUUUGAAGAAAUCAUCACAAGAUUUCAUUCUAAAAAUUUAACUCCUGACAGCUUCUUUAAACUAGUUCAAAAUUCUAUCGAAGAACUCAAAAAUCCCAAGACAUUUUCGGUCGAAAAGAAAAAUCAAAUUAAUAUUUUCGUAAGUCGAAUGAUAUACCACAUUUACAAAUCAAACUACCAAGAAAUAAUAGAUUUUUUCACGAAGUUUGACAACACACUUUACAGCAAUGGCAUUUAUACCCCAUUUUUCAAUUAUUAUGAAGAAAAGGCACAAGAUUGCGAGAAAUUCUACAACUAUAUUCAUACAUUUCCACCAAACUUCCAAAAGAAUUACUUUUACAGUGCUAUCAAGAAGAAUUCCUAUAAUACUUCAGUUUCUGAAGAAUAUAAGGUAAAACAAUACUAUCUCGAGGAACUAAACAAAUCAUGUGAGCAGCUAUACAAAUAUAUGAUUGUCAAAGACUAUAACGUUGAUUGGAACGACUUAUCAGAUUUACAUCCUUAUAUUUUACCAUUUUACUUCACACCGUACGUUAUUAAGCUUGCUGACAGCAUUACAUCAAAGUUCAACCUCGAAACAGCAGAAACAAUUGAUAAUUCUUUCAAAAAAAAUUUAGAUUUUUUCAAAACCGUAAAUCAGCUAGGAACUGAUAAGGUAGGCACAUACUUUUACCUCAUGUCAGUCAAACGGGAUGUAUGCGAAUUCAAAUUAGAGCUAAAAAUUUGGAAUGACAACGAAAUUUACAAAAUUGAGAUUUUAAGGGACGUAAUGAUCAAAAUUGCCCUUAAAAACUCAGGUAAGCAUGCCAUUACAUGUAUCCAAAUUGUCUGGAACUGGAUUUGCAUAGUUGACGAUAAAGAAAUUCCAUUGAUUAAUAAUUUCGACAAAGAAGUCAUUACAAUCAUUGAACAUCUCAUCAGAAGCAACCAAGUUCCAUUUUAUUCGCAUAUAAAACUCAUAAAUUCAUGUAAAACUCCAAACAAAAUGAAUUUGUUGGAAAAAAUUCAUGAAAAAUUACUUUUGAAUGGAAAUGAUGAUGUAAUUAAUGCAUACGCUUAUUUGGCAACAAAAAUAAAUUCCCUGGACUUCGAUGUCGACUCGAAAAAGUUGAUAGAAAAAUUUUUCCCAAUGAUUUUUUCCACUUUUUCAAAAUUACAAUUUUCUAUUAAAUUAGAAGGGAUUCUUGCAUCAUUCUGCUGUGCAUUAUCGGAAUAUAAUAAGUAUUCAACUGAUUUCUUUCUUUAUUUGCAGAAAAGAACAAGAGAAAACGAAAAUUUUGAAAAUUUAAUUAAAAUUAUUGAAAAAACUGCAUGCAAUUCAAAGAUAUUAAUGAACAAAAUAGCUUUUAGUAACUUCUUAUCGUCAGUGAACCUUGUUCCUGAACAUUAUCCCAUUAAUUUAAUUAAUUUUUCAUCUGAUCAGUAUGAUUACGCCACAACAUCGAUUAUUGAUGCUGAUAUCAAUAGUUGUGCUGCACAAACACUGUUUGUUUUGUCGCAAUCGUUUGAAUUCGUUAAUAAAUUGAAGAUUUUCGGGAAAGCGUAUAGAGAAAGGAAAACUUUGGAAAAAUAUGAUCAGAAUGUUAUCCAGGAACUCAAAGAUAUUUUGUUUGGUCUCUCAAGUUCAUUAAAUUUGUCUACAAACAUCAAAAAUUUUGCUCAAAAAUUAAAUUUUCAAAAAAGUGACAUUUUAUCAAAUUUUGAACAAAUUUUUAAGAUUUUACCACCUGAAAUCACAUCAGUAUUUGAAUGGACGUUUAGUAAAAAUGGGGAUGACACCGAAACUGUGAAUUAUCUUGAUUUUCAUGGAAAUUCGAAAUCAAUUUUGGAAAAUAUUAAUUUGUCAAUUGGAAAAUACCAGCAAAAGCGUCCAAGGACAAUACUUGUGAACAUACCGGAAGGAAUUGAAUUAGCAAAGUUUUCUUUGGAAGAUGAAUUUGAUAUUGAAAUUAAAAUGUUUAAAAACAAUCAAGAAAGGUCAAAUAGCAAAGGUUAUGUGAUAAAUAACAUAAUUCAAAAGGAAAAUGGUGAAUUUGUGACUUUUCAAAGAUCAAAUUUUGGAUGGAUAAAAUUUUGUGGAAAAACAUCAAAAUUUCUUUCGGAUGACGAACUCCAAAAAAUUUCAUUACAUCCAUUAUUCAUGACAUUGAUUAUUUCGGAUUAUUUCAUUGCUUUUUCUGGAUUCUUAUUUUCAUUAAAUGAAAAAUCGAAUAAUUCUCUUGAUGCAUUCGUAUUUAAGAAUUCUCCAGAAGUUAAAAUGGCUAUAUCCAUCAUAAAUGAAAAUUCCGAAAAGUUUUCGGACAUUCCAGGAACAUUAAAACUGGAAUUUUGGCAAAAUUUGUUUAAUUCUGAAAAGAUUUGCAACUACGAAAUCAAAAAUAGAAAUGCUGUUGCAAAGAUACUCUCUAGAAUUGAUUAUAGAAUUAUCUGCUACUCACCUUUCGUUGAGAAAUAUGGCAAUUUACUGUUUUCAAGGCCUGAAUUUGAUAAUUUCGAUUUACAAAUUUUACAUUUGUCACUUUUUGCAAAUGAUGCGGCCAAUUAUAGAACUGAAGAAAUUAGAACGAAAUUACUUAAAUGCAAGGAUAUAGAUCCUAAAUUACUUUCACAUUUCUCAUUGCAAAAGAUUUAUCCAGAGAAAAUGCCAUUUUAUCAAGGAUUAGAUGAAGAUUUACGAAUAUUAGAUGAAAGUCAAAUUCCUUAUCCUGUAAAGACAUCAGAAGUCUUCCUGAAAUACCUUCCUUAUUAUAUUAGCAAUUAUAAAAAAAAGACAAAAGAAUUUCAUAGAAGUGAUUAUGAUAAUGCCAAAAUAAUUCAAAGGAUAAAAGUAUUGUUGAACAAACAUAUUAUUAUGGAAUCAGAUCUGAUGAAAGAUGAAUAUUCUGAUUUCGUAAAUCAAUUCAUUUAUGUUGUUUUGGCUGAUGAACCGUUAUCUCCUUUAGAAGCAUAUCUUGAUAAGUCGCCAGUAUCAAAUAACUUCAUGUUCUCUCUUUUUAAAGCAGAUGCUUCAAAAUUGAAAAAAUUUGAUAUUAUUAUUGAUGAGCAAUAUUUAAAGGAUGUUUUGCAAAAUGGAGAACAUUCAAUUAAAUAUUGUGUCCUCAACUACUUGGCAAGCUAUGAUUCAUGCGUUUCUCAACUACUCACUGAUGACGCAAAGAAACACAUCAUUGAAAAUAGAAAUGAAUCAAAGCUGCUGUCAAACUUAUUAUAUUCUUGUUUUUAA